AUGAGUAUGGAUGCAGAGAUGGCCAUAUAUGGCAAGGCUGCUGUUUACCUCCGGAAGCCAGAAAGGGAGAGAAUUGAAGCUCAGAGCAAACCUUUUGAUGCCAAGAGUGCCUGCUACGUGUCCGAUGCCAAGGAGCUGUACCUGAAGGGAACAAUCAUCAAGAAAGAUGGUGGCAAAGUCACUGUCAAGGUCCUGGACACUCAGGAGGAGAGGACAGUCAAAGAAGAUAACGUCUCUCCAGUGAACCCUCCCAAGUAUGACAAGAUUGAGGACAUGGCCAUGAUGACCCAUCUCAAUGAAGCCUCUGUGCUGUAUAAUUUCAAAGAGCAUUAUGCAGCAUGGAUGAUCUACAUAAGACAAUGUACCUACUCUGGGUUGUUCUGUGCCACUGUGAACCCCUACAAGUGGCUUCCAGUGUACGAUGCUGAAUGUGUGGCUGCCUACAGAGGCAAGAAGCGUAUGGAGGCUCCACCCCACAUCUUCUCUGUCUCUGACAACGCUUAUCAGUUCAUGCUUACUGAUAGGGAGAACCAGUCUGUCUUGAUCACUGGAGAAUCUGGUGCUGGAAAGACUGUCAACACCAAGCGUGUCAUCCAGUACUUUGCAACAAUCUCAGUUGGAGGUGGAGACAAAAAGAGGGACAUGUCAAAGGUGUGUUACUAUGGGUCACUGGAGGAUCAGAUUAUUGCAGCCAAUCCCCUGCUGGAGGCCUAUGGUAACGCCAAAACUGUGAGGAAUGACAACUCCUCUCGUUUUGGUAAAUUCAUCAGAAUCCAUUUUGGCACAACUGGCAAACUGGCUAGUGCUGAUAUUGAGACAUAUCUGCUGGAGAAGUCUAGAGUGACAUUCCAGCUUCCUGAUGAAAGAGGCUACCACAUCUUCUACCAGAUGAUGACCAACCACAAGCCUGAGCUGAUUGAGUUGGCACUCAUCACAACCAACCCCUACGACUUCCCCAUGUGUAGCAUGAGUCAGAUCACUAUGGCCAGCAUUGAUGACAAAGUUGAGCUGGAAGCCACUGAUAAUGCUAUCGAUAUCCUGGGCUUCACCGGUGAAGAGAAGGCAAGUAUCUACAAGAUGACUGGUGCUGUGCUCCACCAUGGUAACAUGAAGUUCAAGCAGAAGCAGCGUGAAGAGCAGGCUGAGCCUGAUGGCACAGAGGAGGCUGACAAGGUUGCUUACUUACUGGGUCUGAACUCAGCUGACAUGCUGAAGGCUCUGUGCUAUCCGAGAGUAAAGGUCAGAAAUGAAUUUGUCACCAAGGGACAGACUGUGCCUCAGGUGAAUAACUCAGUGAGUGCCCUGGCCAAGUCUAUAUAUGAGAGAAUGUUCUUGUGGAUGGUCAUCCGUAUCAAACAGACACUGGAUACCAAACAAGCGAGACAGUACUUCAUUGGUGUCCUGGAUAUUGCUGGCUUUGAAAUCUUUGAUUUCAACACCUUGGAGCAGCUGUGCAUCAACUUCACUAAUGAGAAACUGCAACAGUUUUUCAACCACCACAUGUUCAUCCUGGAGCAAGAGGAGUACAAGAAGGAGGGUAUUAUCUGGGAGUUCAUUGACUUUGGCAUGGAUUUGGCUGCCUGCAUUGAGCUGAUUGAAAAGCCUAUGGGCAUCUUCUCCAUCCUUGAAGAGGAGUGCAUGUUCCCCAAGGCCACAGACACAUCUUUCAAGAACAAGCUGUAUGACCAGCAUCUUGGCAAAAACAAAGCAUUUGAAAAGCCAAAGCCCGCCAAGGGCAAGGCUAAGGCCCACUUCUCUUUGGUGUACUAUGCUGGUACUGUGGACUACAAUAUCAUUGGCUGGCUGGACAAGAACAAGGAUCCACUGAAUGAUUCCGUUAUCCAGCUGUACCAGAAAUCCUCAGUGAAACUGCUGGCUAUCCUGUAUCCUCCUGUCAUUGAAGGUAUGAUAGUAACUAUAACUAGUGGUGGCAAGAAGGGAGGCAAAAAGAAGGGUGGUUCUAUGCAAACUGUGUCUUCACAGUUUAGGGAGAACUUGGGCAAGCUGAUGACUAACUUGAGGAGCACCCAUCCUCACUUUGUGCGCUGCCUGAUUCCCAAUGAGUCAAAGACUCCAGGCUUGAUGGAGAACUUCCUGGUCAUCCACCAGCUCAGGUGUAAUGGUGUGCUGGAGGGUAUCAGAAUCUGCAGAAAAGGUUUCCCCAGCAGAAUCCUCUAUGGUGACUUCAAGCAGAGGUAUAAAGUGCUAAAUGCCAGUGUGAUCCCUGAGGGCCAGUUCAUUGACAACAAGAAGGCUUCAGAGAAGCUGCUUGGGUCAAUUGAUGUUAAUCACGAUGAAUAUAAAUUCGGACACACUAAAGUUUUCUUCAAGGCUGGUCUGCUGGGUGUCCUUGAGGAAAUGAGAGAUGAAAAACUGGCAACUCUGGUCACCAUGACUCAGGCUUUGUGCCGUGGUUACGUCAUGAGAAAGGAGUUUGUGAAGAUGAUGUAG